GGAAGGUCCCGAUUUGUUCGGGGCAGCGGCGGGCGCGGGGCAGAACCGCGGAGCGCUAUCGGGGACGGUCCGCCCGCGGCGCCCGCUCCCGCCGCCACCUCCGCGCCCGCCGGUGCUGUCCCGUGCCGUGCCACGCCGUGCCACCGCCCAUCCCGGCGCCCGCCGACACAGUGACCGGUGCCGAUACCGGCAGGGCUUUUGCACUGAAGCCAAGUGAAGAACCUCAUAACUACACUGCACACCCUGUAACUCAGCAAAGACUUGGGCAAAGCACUCCUGCCUCAAGGAAGGACCUCCAGCACCACUGAGCUGUGUGCCCUGCCCUAUCUGCCCGUCCCUGCCUUGAGGCGGGUGCUCAGCAGCUGCUUUUCUCCUGUCCCACCUGACCGCUCCCACCAUGUUCCAGCGUCUCACCAGCCUCUUCUUCAGUGACAGCAGCGCACCAGAGGGCCUGGAGGAACCCAAGCCCUUUGUCUCCGAGGAAGAGGAGGAGGAUGGAUGGCUCAUAAUCGAGCUUGGAGGCGGUGCUGCCCGCCCCGGUGCACAGCGGCGGGCAGGGGCUGGUGGCCACGGGUGCUCGGUGCGGCCCCGUCCGGCACCACCACCUGCCUCGCCACCGGCCCCGGUCCCAGCUCACACCGGCAGCUCCACGCCCACCCUACCCAGCCCCUGCUUGAUGGACGAGAGUUGGUUUGUCACCCCUCCCCCCUGUUUUACUGCAGAAGAGCCCGGCCCCGACGGCGUGGGCAGCAGCCCAAUGGAGGACCUGCUCAUCGAGCACCCCAGCAUGUCCGUCUACGUCACCAGCACCCUCGAGCUGGAUGCAGAGGGACCUCAGGACGAUGCUGUCGGGGAGGUGCCGGAGCCCCGGUUGGAGCGGCACGUGCCGCACCGCAGCGCGUCCCUGUCGGUGAAGGCCGCCGUCCUGGAGAAGGUCAGCCAGGCGCGGCGGGUGCAGCGGGCCAAGCAGCUGGCCGAGAAGCCGUGGCUCAGCCAGAAGGCGCUGCAGCGGCAGGACAGGGCCCGCCAACGCCCGCCCCGCCGGGCCCGCCAGCGCGCGGGGAGCUUCCUUCACCAGCCCUGCCAGCGCCACUGCAACUACUGACCUCACCGCAGCACCCGCCGGCGGGGCUCGCUUUCCCACUGCCACCGGCCCCGCAGCGCUGCCGCCCCGCCCUCCUUCCACUCCCCGCACCUCUCCGGGCCCUCACGGUGUCGCCUCGCGCGGUGCGGAUGGGAGGAGCGGUGCCGCACUGCGCUGUGCCGUGCCGGCUGCUAUCCCCCCCACCCCCCCUUCCGAAACGGCCCCUUUCCGAAAUCCAUGGAGAAUCCCGUUGGCUGUGUCCGAGGAGCUGUGACAUCAGUGCCUUUCUUCACGACAUCGUACUCCUCCGGGUGAACAGACCGUGAUGUCACGAGUGGAUACUAAGCAGACGUGGGGAAAAGAAACAGCGAUGAGAUUUGGUAUUUGAGGGGAAAAAAAACCGACACUGUAAUCAAUGCUUCCUCCUCCCGUCCGCGCUGUCAGAGCAGAGCGCGGGCAGAGCCGCUGUCGCUGCUGGCGCCGCUGCUGGGCCGGCUGUGCCCUCGGCUGCUCCGUUCUGGCAAAACCAGCAACCCCUCUUCCUGCCCAAAUUUCUUAAUUGCGUUUUUACCACAAUAAUAUGAAGACUACAGAAAGCCAGGCGGGGGCUCUGUGUUUUUAAAGACAACCUUACCAGAAAUCUCAGGAAACAAAGCACUGAGCCGGGAGCUGUCGGAGCACUGCGGGGAGGUGACAGCCGGGCUGGCGCAGCGCGGGGACCUCAGCAGCUCCCUGCAGUGAGCGCCGGGCCCGGUGCCACCGCGCUGCAGCCGCGAGCGGUCCCAGGUCCUGUCCUGUGUGAGCCAAGGAACGUCAGCCGCCCCGUGCCACCCCCGGCAGCAGAGCAGAGAAGGGACCCGCGCAGACCCCCCCAGGUGGCAGAAGCACGUUGGAGCUGGCGGCGAGAGAACGUGAAGGGACAGGGAAGGAUGGAACCAGCAGUUGCAGCGUGAGGCCGGGCAGCGGGAGGGCUGCGGGCCGGAGCUGUGCCGCAGAGGGAACCCUGUCUGAUCCGCCGACAUCACGUUACGUUGCUGGCGGCAGCCACCUCCAGGCCUGGGCGAUGCUCAUCGGCGCUGCUGCGCUGGGGCUCCUCCUGGCGCCCAGUGCUGGCCCCUGGAAUGUGCUGCCCUUCAGCAUUGGGAACCCCUGGAAUGGCAGCGUGGGAACUGCUUUUAGGCGAUUGUUGUAGGCCCAACCUCGGACUGCUGACUUUUUUUUUUUUUAAUGAAAGAAAAACCCACCCCCAGACCCUCCUCCAGUGAGUACUUCCCCAGAUCCCUGACUGCGGACGUGGCUGGUGCUGCUUGCCUGCAGGGUUUACCUUCAGCUCUGAUGACACAGUGAUCCCAAAAGCACAGGAAGAAUGGAAAUUUGUUUCAAAUACUUUUAUUCUAAGCCACACAUUGGAGCCUUCCAGAUUCGAAUCUUCCAGGCCAGUUUCUCGUUCCAGUCCUGCUGGGCACAGUGCUGGCUGCCAUGCUGCUUGGUGCCCAGCACUGGGCAGUCCCAUUCCUAAUAGGAACCCCCAUUUCAAAUUCUCCUUUCUAAUUUCAGUAGCAGGCAGGGUAAAAGUUCUGAGGCGGAAAACAGGCAGAUCUCUUGUGCUGCUUUUCCAGCCAUUCUGGUAAGCACAGUGUUGCAGAGCUUGUUCCCAAAGCAGAGCAGGAGCGAGCCGGGGGUCAGUGCCUCGUCCUGCCCACCCCGGGCACAGUCAAGAUGCACAGUUUCAUUUCUGUACUGGAGACUGAUGGAUGAUUCCUUGACUUGAGGGGAAAGUUUACAUCCUUUGGCUUCCUUGACUUCACGUGAAAUGCCUUUUUAUUUCUGAAGUGAUCCCUGGCGCGAACUGGGCCACAGGCGCUGCUGAGGAUGACAGGGCCCUUCCUGGGCACUUCGGUGUGGUGGGGAGGGCUGGGUUUGACACUAGGAGCCACGUCCCACACUCCUGCUCUCUCCCAGAGCUCUGGAUGAUGUACCCAUUGGCCACCAGGCUGUUCCCUGCCCCGACAAUGCCUUCAGAGGAAGAAUUUUUUUCUCUAGCCCAGAUGCACAUCAAGGAGUUAACAACGCCAGCAAUUCUGCCCUCAGCCAUCUUAACCUGCUGCAAGUUCUGCACAUCUGAGCAGCCACUGGUCUCAAUGGCCCUAACAAGGAGCGCCUAAAGCCAAGGUUGGGGGUGCCACCUCCACCCCUCUGCAGGUCAGAGGUGCAGAUGUGCUGAGGGCACUGUGCAGCCCCUGGGCUGAAUGCUGCCGCAUGCACACUGCAUGUCUUGUGUCCGCUCAGCUGCUUGCAAGCGUUGCCCCAUAGGAGACCACUCGCCAUGUCAACACCGUCCUCUGCUUCCUGCUCUUCCUGGCACCGGGGCAUCCGCAGCCCCUGCCGAGCCCUCACUGGUUCCCAUCAUCUGUUUCAAACGGCAAAUGCUGUUGCUCCGUCCUGUUUUGGGGAAGAGACUGCAGAAUGUUCUGUUUUCCUUUCAUCUUUCUGUGCCAGUCUGAGACAUCUGUCAUCACGCUGCUCCCAACCAACACAGGAAAAAAAGUGGAACUACUAUCACACUUUUUAUCAAGAGUAUCUUUAUAAAAGGUUAAUAAAUUAUUAACAGUGUUCUAAAGAAGAGGUUAAUCCAGAGUCGUAGCAUCCCACGGGCGAGUGGAGUGCACUUACUACGGUGAAUAGGCUCCUGUGGUUCCCCCCUCUGUUGUUUGCACACUUGCUCAUGUAUUAAUAUCUAUUAAUCACUGAUUAACCCUGUACACAAUGAGUAUGGAUUCACUUCUCGCACUUUGUGACCAACACUUCUGAUGCUGUGGCAGUGACACGCUUGAACUUUGCAGAAGACCUGUGCUGCUCCUGUCUUGUCCAGCGGUGAUCACUACAGACGGCCUGAUACCAAAUCUGCCCCACUGUUGUAAGAUCAAGGAAAACCCUUUACGCUGAGGUGAUGAGCCUCCUUGAAUCUUAAAAUGAAAGGUGCUUAAAAACAGAACUUUUUGGUGUGCACAGGUGUGCACGUGUAAAUAUUUUAAAACCCGGUGUGGAUGUUCAGUAGGUUGUUUUGGGGUUUUGAGUUUUUAGUUUUUUGCAUCCAGUCUUUCUGAUUUGUCAGUAGCCGUGUGGGGCUCCCGGUGGGAGGGGAGUGCAGAGCAGGGGGAGCUGUGGCCGCAUCCUGCUCGGGCGGCGGGGCGAGUUCUUGGCUUUGUUUUGUUUUGCAGGGGGAAGCUGCGGUGUGGGCUCAGGGACAAAAGAGUUGGCUGGGGCCCAUCGCAGGGUGUUUUUCUGGACACCUCCAUUUGGACGUGGGUUCUGUCACUGCCCAUGAGGCCGUGGCCACUCGUCUGCACAGAGUCUGUAGGGCUGUGGGAUGUGCACUGCGGCCCCUGGGCAGCGCGGUGUGGGGACAGGUGGGCAUGGGCAUGAGAGCGGUAACCGCAUCCUUGUGUUGCGAGCAUCAUCCCCGAUUCCCUUCUGUUUAUCCCCAAAAUUCAUGUCGUACUGCUAGAAUGGAGCAGGCCCGUUCUGCUGUAAAUAACCCAGCACCUUGCGAAAGAUUUGGGCAGCCGGACGGCACCGUCUGCUUCUGUGGCAGCUGUGUGAGGCACUGGGAAGCAAUGCUGGGGCAGGCUGACAAGGAUUGCUUUUGCCGCCCUGGCAGCUCAGCACAGCCACAUCCCGCUGCCCAGCUGUGGCUCUGGCCAGCAGCGGGAGUCACGAGGUGGGGCAGAGGGCUCUGAAGAACGCAGCCACAAAUGUGCUUUCCAAAACAAGUGCUGUGAAGGCUCGCUGUAGGGAGAAAAUGGUUCUUUCCACAAGAGUCAGCUUUUCUAUAAUAGAGAAGGCUUCACGCAUAGCUCAUCCCAAAGAUCACCUCCGCAGGAGUAUUCUCUGUACCUCCAGGCGCGUUGCUAAUUAAUUGGUAAUUCUAUGUUUACAUCUUUUCCGUUCAGCCCCACCGGGCAGAAAGGCGCGCAGCCGUCCUGUUCUGCUCAGAGCAAGGAAACGAAGGCAGAACACUGCAGUGAGACUUGAGACACUAACGGCACAGCCUUGCGGUUGCUCCCACAGAGGCUCGACAUCAAUUCCAGUGCUCGGCAGCAUCCGGGCCUCCCCUGAAUGCCCACAGUCAGAGCAGGCCUGUGGAGGUGUGCCUUGAUUUCACUUUGAUUCCAACUGCCGGUGGUUCAAAGUCGUGAAUAUUAUCCCAGUGUAAUCGAGGGCUCAGUCCUUGUUAUGUUCAUGUGACCACAGCAUCUUCCGUGGCCUCGUGCCACACGCUGUCCACACACCAGGGGAAGGCCUUUCUGCUUCUCAGAAGAGGUCUGUCUUUAUUGUAAACGACAACUCUUUCUUUAUAACGCGCGGCAGAACAAACCGAGCAGCUCUGUGGAAUGGCGAAGUUGUCCCACGCUGUAUCCCUUCCAUUCUUCCCCACAGGCAGAUGAGGUGUGGGGCGCCCACCCCAUCCACUGCGCUGCUCAGUCACCAAAAUGCUGUUAGAGGGGAACUGCCACAGCCUGUGUGCUGUCGGCAUGUGAGCUCAGAGCGUACAAACCUGACACAGAGCUUCAGCUCCACCGCAGCUGACAGAACAGCUCCUGCUGCUGCAGUCCAUCGCCUGUGCAGGGGGGCCGGGGGUGCGCAAGAAGAUUUUAUUCCCUUCAAACAGAGGGGGAAAGAAACCAGCACCACGAUCCCAGCUUGUAGCUUAAAACCAGGCCGUGGGGAGCCCCGCGCUCCUCCACUCCUUCACCUUCCCCGCUCUGUUGGAAGCUGGUCGCAGGCGUGCCCAGGUCUCGCUAGAUCUUUUCUUCAGCUGUUUCAACAGUCACACUUUAGGAAAUCUGGGGGUGGGGGAACAGUGCAAGGCGUAACAAUAAAGUAGUAAUAGUCUUUUUUUUUUUUUUUCUUCUUGUAUCAUAAAUGUAUCUGUAUGGAGCAAUGGAGCAUUGCGAUAUUUUAUUUAUAUGUAUCAACUCUACCACCAGGUAUUCUGCUUGUAAAACUCAUCUGCGCUUACUUAUUGUACAUCUCCGUGCUGUAUGGCUGUGUAUGUGCCUUUCACCCUUUUUUCAUGGUCUGUCAUCUUAUUUUUUUCUUAAACAACUGCAGAACUUGAAUAAAUUAGCGAACCGCAGUUAAAAGUCCUAUGCAAGGGAUGACUGGGAAUUACAUUUUCAAUCUGCGUUUCUACGUCGCUUUAAGCGGGUGCUGAGACCUGCAGAGAAGCCUCACAGAAAGAACGCCUUCAAAGCCCCAUUUCGGCUGCCGAAUCUCCUGGGCAGCUUUGAGGCACUCAGCCCCCAGCACAGCUCCUCACCACUCUGUACGUGGGGCUGAGCAGCGGGCACUGCCCCCGGACAGUGCUCCACAUCCAGCUUUGCCUUUCACGUCCUCUUCUAAAGAGGAAGCGCUGUCCGGGCUGAGCGGGAUGCCCUACGCCUUUGCUCGGAUGCUGAGCGGGUUGGGGCGCGGCAGAGCCACAGACCCACGCUGUGCAGCAGUGCCCACGGCCACGUCCUGCUGCAGGGUGACCCGGCGCUGCCCAAUGCCUUACACCGGUGGGACGACGCUGACACCGUGAUUUUGGAGAUGAGAAAAAAAAGCCCCACGUUUUCUACAUCACCUAUGCUGUAGGACUGAAAGCUUGUUCAAAACACUAAUGGAAUACAUCCUCUUUGUGUGUUAACGUGUUAAAUCAAUGUAAGCAAGGUUAGUAGGGGAAGGGUGUCUACUUCUUGUGGGACUUUGUUUAAGCGUUUACCACGUGUCAACUGACUGAGGGACACGACUGCCUGGAAUACGUUACGUAGUGUGCCUGUGUGUGUGUAACCUGGGUUCGGUUGUUAGGUUGUAAUGCUGUCUUUUGACUGAAAAAAAAAAACUAAUAUAAAGAAAAACCACAAUAAAUAAAUAAAUAUAUAUAUAUUUAAAGUCUA